UGUGUGUGUGUGUGUGUGCUGCUGCUGUGUGCGUGAGUUUUAGAAGCUGUUGUUGUUGUUGCGAGUCGGGCAGGUUGGGGUCGAGGGAGAACAGAGGAGGCAGGCCUUCAGCGGCUUUGCUGCUGCUGUCGGCAGCGGCGUUGUGGCCGCGACGCCGAUGGAUGGCGGCGGGUUCUCGCCGAGAGAGAGGGGUGAAGAUUAGGAGGGAGGAUCGGCGGCGGAAGCGGCAGCGGCCGAUGCUCCUGCUGGCCGUCUGCCAGAAAUAGAGAGAGAAAGGGGAGGCGGCUGGACGGCGGGUCUGUUCGGCGGCCUCGGCCCUUGAGGUCCACCGGUGGUAGCCGAUGCCUGCGGCCGUUCGUCUGUCAAGGAAAGGGGCGGGGCGGCGAUGAGUUGGAGAGUCAGAUGAGGGAGGCGGCGAUGGGUACGGUCCGGCUGACCGUAGCUGUCAGCUGAAGGAGGGAGGCGGUGGCUAGCUCGCCGGAAAUCGAAGAGGAGAGAGAAGCUAGGGAUUUUUGGGGGUUUUCGUGAUUUUUAAGGGGAAAAGGAAGAGCGAGAAGAGGGAGUGGUCGUGGUGGCCGUAUCAACGGCGAGAAGAGGGUAGGCGGUGGUAGAUUGAAGGGAGAGAUGAGGCAGAUGAUGAGAGGUGUGCAUCUGCAGAAAGAAAGAAAGAAAGGAGAGAGAGAGAACGAAGAGGAGAGAGAGAGAGAGAGGGAUUGGGCUAAAGUUUCUGGGCCGUUUUUGUUCUUAUAAGUUGAGAUGGGAUUAAUUUUUAGUUGGGCUCAUGGUUUGGGCUAUCAAUUAGAUAAUUGGGCUGCAUCUUUAUUUGUUGGAUUUGCCCAUUUAAAUUAUUAAUUGAACCAAUUACUUAAGUUAAUUUGGAUUGUGAUUUAAUUAAUUAAAUUCCUCAUUAUUUAUUUUUCUACAAGUGUUAUUGUAUGCAUAUAAUUAUUUAAUUACAUGUUUUAAUUUAUAUACUAAAGUCUUACAAAUUUUUGUAAGAAAAAUAUUUUCCAGAUGAUUUAAUGCUCAAGUUGAGUUUUUAAAUAAAAAGUCAAAUAAGGAUAUUGUUGAAGCCCGUAGCCAAAAACAAAAUGAUUUUCAAGUUUUAUGUUGAAUUCUUUUGAAAAUCCGGGUAAUGCGAAUCUAGUUAGAAAGUGAUGACGAAUUAUGAAUAAGGUUAAGGUUUACUUUAGAACUACGAGCUUAAGUUGAGAACUUAUCUUGUAGGACUUACAGAAGAGGAUACUUAGGAUUUUGAUCAACUCGGUUUAAUUGUUUAGAUUAUCAGCAAUCAAGUGAGACUUUAUUUAUGAAAUGUAUGUUUGAGCUAAUAAGCUCGUUUUUAUGAAAUGUUAAAGUUGAUGGUUCAUGCUUAAAAUGUUUUUGUUCUCUAUUGGUUAUUGCUUCUACCAGAACAUUGUUGGCUUCGCCAACCAGAACUUUGUUAGCUCUGCUAACCAGAAUUGUGUACGUACACCAGAACUUGUUGGCUUGAGAGAUCGAUGACGACUGGUUGUAGAUACCGCCCAAUAGAUGAGCCAAGAAAAUAUGAGCUCAGAUUAUUUUUAGUAUGCAUGGAAUGACACGUUUUAAAUUUUUUUUGUGUUAUAUUGAUUAAAUCAUGAAUUAUCUUUUCAGUAAAUAGCUUUCAAAAUGUUUUUAAAUGGCUCAACCCACUGAGUACACUAGUAUUCGGUCCUGCAAAUGUUUUCAAAACCUUUUGCAGAUUGAGCAGCUGGUGGUGAAGUGCGAGGCUGAGAAAAGGUUGUUUCUGUGAUAUUGAAGAACGCCAUGUUUUACUUCCACUAAAAUAAAUUCACUUGGUGAAUACAAUCUGAUGCGCAACUAUGUUGAUACUUUUGGAUUGAUUUAAUUUGAAUUCCAUUUUCCAUCAUUUUCCCUAGCGAUUGAUAUCUCGCAUAUAUUAUAUGCCUAGUAGGAAAUGUUGUUUUUAGUAUAACGUCGUACUUGUUGUCUUUUAAAUACAACAUAUUUUUUUAUUAAUGAAAUGUUGACCGACGCUAAGGGUGCAUUACCCAUUUAAUUAAGUAAAGCCUAAUAUUCCUGUCACAUAGCCCAUUUCUUAUUCUCCCGGAAAAUCAGAGCUGUUACAAAUGGUAUUAGAGCAAAAGUUCUUGACUCUGAGACCUCUAGUUCUUUGAUGUCUAAGCUACACAGCAACCUCAGCUCGCCUUCACACCACUCUCAAGUAAGAAAGGGGCUGAUUUGUCUUUCAAAUUGGAAAACUAUAAAAAGGGGCCCGAAAGCAACGGUCAGCUCCGGUGAUAGGCUGAGGAGCGAGCUGAAUGGGACUGGGAGCGCGCAGCUCCGCUUCCGACACCUCUUCAACCACCACCACACGGCUCAAGAGAGAGGAUUUCCGGCGCACCAAACACGACUCUGCUUUCUCCCAAUGGAAGAUCCUAAUAGGAGCCUUUGAUUGGGAAGAUUAUUCGAUGGGAAAAGAAGGAGUAGAAAGGUAUAGGACAGAAAACCUCCCAAACUGGACUUCAUGUCCAGGAGUUUAUGAGCUUGGGAUUGCUACAUCACGCCCACAAUCUGGAAGGGAAACCAGAAAGCUGGACUCAAGUUCUGUCAUUCCCGUUUAUCUUGGACAGGCCGAUAAUCUUAGGAACCGACUGCAGCAGUAUGGCCGUGAUGGUGCCCAUUUGGAAAAUGGAUAUACAAGUAGCAAAACUGUUAGUUGUCAAAGUAUUUCUUCUCAUAAGGGACCUGGAUUAUUUACAGAUAUAUUCUCAAGAGGGCUGCCAAUCGUUUAUAGAUGUGCUCCUAUAAAAAGUAAGAAUGAUGCAGAGAUAACUGAGAAACAGCUGCUUGACAAAUUUGAUUAUGCAUGGAAUAAAGGCAGCAAUGUUUCACGCCGCCAAGAUGAUAUCCACAAAAAACUUGAACGUCUUGAAAAAACGUCCAAGUUUUCUCUUCUUGCAAAAGAGUUUCUUUUCUCCAACAAGAGGGAAGUGGGCAUUAAAAUCAGAAACGGCUCUAAUAUGAAUGGAACUGGUAAUAGUACAAUAUUCUCUAGAAUACAUGGAGUUAGGAGGUUGCAGGAAACACCAAUGCACUCUGGUUAUGGUGAUUGUGGUGAUAAUAUUUGUGGAGUUGCCACUGGCCAUGGAUCUGUUUGCACUUCACCACCUGUUGCAGGAAGAAAACGAUGUGCUGUGCACAAAGGACUGAGAGUCAACGGCUACAAUUCAAAGUUGGCUACAGAAGGAAAACUCCCUCUUGCUGCCAACCCAAAAUCUGGUGUAGAAACUUAUCAAGAGUAUUCUGAUAAUCAAGAUCAGAAACAGAGAUAUAUCACAGAGAACCAUCAUCCUUGUGAGCAAACCUCCGGCAAAAAUUUUAACCUCACUUGUGGAAUUAUCUUGGAAGACGGCUCUCCUUGUAAAAGAAGUCCUGUUCGAGGAAAUAAAAGGUGUUUGGAGCAUAAAGGAAGGAGGAUCCGCAGAUCCAACCUAAGCUUCCAAACGAAGAAUUAUGAGAACAUUGCAUAAUGAUCAGUCGACUGAGCUAACCAAUGCAAAUUCUUCGACUCCCAAGCUCUGGUAGACAGCUGAUUGUAAGCAAGAUUGAUGACAUUACAUACCAGGUUGAUGCAGGAAUGGAAAGGUUCGUAUUGAGAAAGAAGAUAUGAAGGCGAAGGGUCCACCUUUGAGGUUUCCUAUGCCAUAUUCGUGUGUGUUUUUACUGAAGAUGAUCCUAGAAACUGUAUAUGAAGAUGAGAGAGAGCCAUUCGAAGCUGCAAAAUAAAAUAAGCACUUAAACUGGUUUCGUAUUGUGCAACAUUUGCCCAUUCUGACAAUAGCUAUGGCUAAUUUGAAGGGUGUUGUCAUGUAUUAUGAAUGAGUAAAUACCACAAUAUGUUGUAUUUAAUUGUAACAAAUUUGUUGUAUUAGAAAAAGAAUAAGGUUUGUUUC